AUGACCGAACUAUUAAUAAUUAAAACUGCUAAUGCUGAUAAGUUAAAAAUUUUUCUUGCCAAAAAUCAUAUCGAACACCAAAUUAUUUAUACUGAAUCUUUAACUGAAAAAAAGCCAACUAAAAAAGAUAAAUUACGAGAAUAUAUUGAAAUGAAAAAAGUAGAAAUAGAAUUUGAGGAGAAAGAAGCCAAUUUUAAGACUUAUCGGAAGGUUUAUAAUUUACGGGAUUUUGCUGUCAAAGGACAAGUGGACGAUUAUCCGUAUGGAGGCGGUCCGGGUAUGCUGUUAAAAAUUGAGCCACUGGUGCGGGCGUUGACUAGUAUUCAAGAAGUUCACGCUAAUAGUUAUCUAAUUUUGAUUUCGCCCCAAGGCAAAACUUUCACCCAAAAAGACGUGCCGAGACUACUUAACCAAGCCCCUAAUUUAGUUUUUAUUUGCGGACAUUAUGAGGGAUUUGAUGAGCGGAUUUGA